AUGAUUCCUUCUUCAGGCACUUCACCCUUCUUGACUGCAAGUUUGACACCAACAACUUCGGGAUCAUCAUCACAGCCUCCUUCUUCGGCUCAAUCAAAUCCUACAACAAAUGAUUGGGAUAAGAUUAAAGAAGUUAUUGUAAAAUUGGAUAGGGAACUUAAAGAUGUGCAAGAUCAUGGUGUGGUUCAUGCUCUUCAAAUGAGCGAUAAUAUCAUUGAAAGAAGAGAAAUCUUGAAACAUGCCAUGUCAUCAUUAAAGUCAAAAAUACAAGAACAAAGUGCCAUCAUGAGUAAAGAGGGUUCGGACAAGACGCAAAUUGAAAAAAUAACACAACAAUCCAAGUCUAUAAGAGAGUUUAAAAAGAUUCAAUUACAGGAAAAAGAGUUAUUGGAUGUGAUUAAAAAAUGUAGUGAAAAAGCUGUUUCUCAUUUGCAACUAUUUGAAGUUGUAGAAAGAAUUCUCAACAAUGUUGCCAAACAAAUGAACGAGCUAUUGGGUCAUGAAGAGUAUGCGUAUCAAGAUAUGCUCGAUCCAUCGAGUAAUACUCAUAUUUUCUCUUUAGGUUCUAAUCUGUUAAACUUGGAUAUUCUCUUUUCUCCAGAUAAGAAAACAUUGACUAGCAUUAGCUUUCAAAAGACUAAAAAAGAUUCAAGCAGUUCAAAGGAAAUCAAGGCAAUUUCUGAAGAUUUAAUGAAUACUCUUGUGAGAGAUAAUCUAUUUGAAGCUUUUGAAAGCAAAUUGCUUGCUGUUUGCAAGUUAUAUCAUUUAGUUACAACUCGCACUAAUUGUAUUGUGACAGACAAGAGUUCUUUAAGACCAGAUUCUAAUUUAACAUCCUCCUCUGAAACUUUCUUAAAAAAGCACAACAGUGAUGAGAGAAUUCGAACAUUACAUUAUUCGUGA